AUGGCGACGCCAUCACCGCCAAAGCCGUGGGAAAGAGGACGCGCCGCUUCGUCGUCGGUAAACCCUACCGGUACUGCCGCGACACCUGCGCUACCAUCGCGACCCGAGUCGCUCAACUCUGUCGUUGACCGCACCGCCUCCAACUUCGCCGGCGCCCAGCCUUAUCAAUCCUCGCCUUACGGCUACGGCGGUGGCACAAUGUCGUCGCCCUACUCGCGCUACGGUUCUGGCUAUGGUGGAGGUAUGUACGGCGGCGGCAUGUAUGGAGGUGGAGGCAUGUACGGCGGAAGUCCCUAUGGCGGCAUGGGAGGCAUGGGCGGCAUGUACGGCAAUGGCUACGGUGGCAUGGGCGGUCCCAUGGGCGGACCCAAUGGCCAGAGCUUGACGCAGACGUUUAGCCAGAGCACCCAGAAUACCUUCCAGCUCAUCGAGAGCAUUGUUGGUGCUUUUGGUGGCUUUGCUCAGAUGCUCGAGAGCACGUAUAUGGCUACCCACUCGAGUUUCUUUGCAAUGGUCUCUGUAGCAGAACAGUUCGGCAACCUACGGCAAACACUAGGCCAAGUCCUAGGCAUCUUCACCAUCAUCCGCUGGAUCCGCACCGCCAUGGCCAAACUCACCGGCCGUCCCCUACCCGCAAGCAGCACCGACCUCACUCCCGCCAACUUCGCCUCCUUCAACGGCCGCCUGCCCGACGGCUCCCCCGCUCCUCCCCGCGCCAGCAAAAAGCCAUUUGUCAUGUUCAUAGUCGCCGUCUUCGGCCUCCCCUACCUCAUGGGCAAACUCAUCCGCGCCCUCGCCCGCAGCCAGGAAGAAGAAGAGCAACGACGCAUCGCAGCAGAGGGACCCCAGCAACCCUUGGACCCAUCGAAACUAGAUUUCUGCCGUGUGCUCUACGACUUUAACCCAGAAGCCAACGCCAACAGUGUCCAAGGCGUGGAUCUUGCAGUCGCAAAAGGCGAUUUGGUUGCCGUCCUCAGCAAAACCGACCCCUUGGGUAACCCCUCAGAAUGGUGGCAAUGCCGCGCCCGCGACGGCAGAAAAGGCUACCUCCCAGCCCCUUAUUUGGAAACUAUUCAACGACGCCCCGCUCAAGGGCAACUUACCAGUGGAGCAAGUCCUGUGGGCAGUCGCGCUCAGACCAUGACGACGAACAGUGCAGAUAGCAGAUCGAACACCAUGGUGGAUAGGGAAAAGGAACUCGUCAAGGGGGCGCCUAGAGAGGUGCCUCUGCCUCCGAGUGUGCAAGGCAAAGCUGGAGAUCUCAGUGUUGAGAGUUUCCAGAAGGGCCAGUUUUACUCAUGA